UCCAAGCGGGAUUUCACUUCAUACACUCUUUUCACUGAAAAAUCCUCCCUCAAUCACCCAUGGCGAAACCAGGUCGAGGUCGCCCGGCUUCACCUUCAGGCUCCUCUUCCCGCUCCCGCUCACUUUCUCGUUCGCGUUCGAUUUCUCGCUCUCCUUCAACUUCACGCUCGCGCUCCUCCUCAAGCUCCCAAUCAAGGUCUAGAUCCCGUCGUCGUUCACGCUCCCGCUCCAAAUCAUUCACCUCUUCCUCUCCUUCUCAUAGCGAUAGCUCUCGCAGCGCUAGCCCUCCUCAGAGAAAGAGUGUGAUAUUUCACAGUCCUGUCGAAGAAGCUAAGCGAGGUCGGUCUCCACCACCACUAUCUAAGAAAGCUUCUCCACCACCGAGGAAAGCUUCUCCAAUUCCUGAGUCACUAAUACUUCAUGUCGAUCAGCUCAGUAGAAAUGUCAAUGAAAACCACCUAAAAGAAAUAUUUGGUAAUUUCGGUGAAAUUGUCAAUGUACGGUUGGCAAUUGAUCACGUCGUUAACCUUCCAAAAGGAUUUGCAUACAUUGAGUUCAAGAGUCGGGCUGAUGCCGAAAAAGCCCUCUUAUACAUGGAUGGUGCUCAAAUUGAUGGGAAAGUUGUUGGAGCCAAGUUUACAUUACCUGAACGGAAGAAGGCUGCUUCGCCUCGUAAAGCUGUUGCAACAACUGCGAGGAGAGAUGCGCCUAAAGCUGAUGGCAUUGCUGCAGAUACCGACAGAGAUGGACUAAAGCGACCUAGAGAAGCAUCUCCUCGGCACAAACCUCUUUCUCCAUCUCGAAGGAGAUCUCCUGUAGCACGCAGAGGUUCUCCCAGACGGGAACCAGAUUCUCCUCUCCGCCGACGUGCAGAUUCUCCAGUUCGCCGCCGAGUAGAUACUGCUUAUCGACGGGGUGACUCACCGCCUCUCAGGAGGCGGCCUGCAUCUCCUGCCAGAGGCCGUUCUCCCUCCUCUCCACCAAGGCGUUAUCGAUCACCUCCCAGGGCAUCUCCCCGCAGAGUACGUGGUAGCCCUGUUCGACGACGAUCUCCACUUCCUCCUAGGCGACGUUCUCCACGACGUGCCCGAAGUCCGCCGAGAAGGUCUCCAAUUAGCCGUCGACGUAGCCGCUCUCCUCCUAUUAGGAGGCCAGCUCGUUCGCGAUCAAGAUCAGUAUCUCCAAGAAGAGGGCGUGGACCACCACCUCCUAGACGUGGUAGAUCAUCGUCCUACUCUUCAUCGCCUAGCCCACGCAGGGCUCCACGGAGGGUAUCAAGGAGCCGUAGUCCAAGAAGGCCAAUGAGAGGAAGGAGCCCCAGUAAUAGCAGCAGCAGCAGUUCACCACCCCGUAAGCCUUAACUUUUAGGGGCCAUUUCUUGCAACGAAGAGAAUUCUGAUGCACACAAUUGCAUGAGCCAAUAUUCGUAGAUGGUGCUUUAUGGUUGAAUCAGUCGAUGCAUUUGUCUCGUUAAAUAUUCUAAACAUUGCUGUAAACUAAAUUCGUAUGAGAUUUUGGAGGACUAAACCGUAUCUUCUAUUUAAUCUUCAACUUGGGCAUGCCUGCUAGUUAGCGGCAGGAUGUUUGCUUAUGAAAGAAUUUGGGUUUUUGUCUUGGAA